AUGAAGCUGCUGCCUCCCAUCGCCUUCCUGGCCACGCUUGCGGUGGCACUGGGACACCACGACCCUGCGCUGGACUGGCACUGGCAGCUCUGGAAGAAGACCUAUGGCAAGGAGUAUCGCCACAAGAAGGAGGAAUGGGAUCGACGCGCGACGUGGGAGAGGAACCUGCGCCUGGUGACGCUGCACAACCUGGAGCACUCCCUGGGGCUGCACUCCUACACGCUGGGCAUGAACCACCUGGGGGACAUGACCAGCAAGGAGGUGGCAGCUUUGUUAACUGGGCUCAGCAUCACUCCCAGAUCCCAGCGCAUCACCACAUCCCACCUACAGCCCAGCAGCCAGCUCCCGGACACGGUGGAUUGGAGGGAGAAGGGAUGUGUCACGAAUGUGAAGAACCAGGGUGCCUGUGGGUCGUGCUGGGCCUUCAGCGCCGUGGGAGCGCUCGAGGCGCAGGUGAAGCUGAAGACGGGGACGUUGGUGUCUCUGAGCACCCAGAACCUUGUGGACUGCUCCGUGUCGUACGGGAACCGGGGCUGCAGCGGCGGGUUCAUGACCACAGCCUUCCAGUACAUCAUCGACAACAACGGGAUUGACUCGGACGAGUCCUACCCCUACAAGGCUGAGAAUGGGACAUGCCAAUACAAUGCUUCCACACGAGCUGCCACUUGCUCCAAGUACGUUGAGCUGCCCCAUGCUGACGAAGAAGCUCUCAAAGAUGCUGUGGCCAAUGUUGGACCAGUCUCUGUUGCCAUUGAUGCCACCCAGCCCACCUUCUUCUUGUACAAGUCAGGGGUGUACGAUGACCCCCAGUGCUCACAGGAGGUGAACCACGGGGUGCUCAUCAUCGGCUAUGGCACCCUGGAUAACAAGGAUUAUUGGCUGGUGAAAAACAGCUGGGGCGUGCGCUUCGGAGACGAGGGCUACAUCCGCAUGGUAAGGAACCACAAGAACCACUGCGGGAUCGCCAGCUACGCCUCCUACCCCCUCAUCUAG